UCAUCCCGCCGCAUUCCUCGGUGACUCCUUUUUCUUUGACCGCGUUUCUCCGCACAUUCUUUGUCUGCCCCCGACCUGCCCUUGAAGUCCUGUUCGGCUUCGACACCAUGCAUUGUCCAUGCGCCUGGCCGCGGCUCCCCCCUGCCGGAGGUGUACCGUACCGUGCACUGCAGCCUACAGCAUGGACCCGGUGGACGUCACAUGGAGAUCGCGCCAGACGAGGCCCGAGGACGGCUCCCCAUCGCUGACAUUUGCACUGCAGACAUUGUUGGCACGCCACGAAGCCUACAUGGCAUCCGCCGAACGUGAUCGACUCGAGCUCACGGCCCGCAUCGAGCAGCUGGAGCGCGAAAACACCGAACUCGAAGCCAAGAAUAAGGCUCUCACGGACGAGAACCACAACCUUCGGGACGAGCUGGAGCAGCUGAAUGAUGCCGUCAAGACGGCAGAGAGCAGCAUCGAACUGCUCGAGGCCACGCUCCGCGAUUCACAGCUCGAAGUACGGAGGCUGGAGAUCGCCGCCGACAGGGCCGUUAGCCUGGAGCGGCAGAUAGCAACGCUGGAGGAGGAGCAGGUUGUGCUGCGCACCACCAUUGCGCGAACCGAAGAGGAAGCACGAACGGCCAUGUACCGGUGGAGGCAGGCCGAGAAGGGUCUCAGCGACCUGCAAGAGCAGCUCGAGCGGAUGGAGAAGGAGGCAAGGGAGGAGCGCGAACGCCAUGUGCAAGCUAUGGCGCGCAUGGAGCGACAGCGGGCCGUGGAGAAGGAACUCAACACGGCGGCGGGACGGCUCAAGGGCGCCGCCGCGGUCAGAUCGAUGACGGAUAGCAGACACGGCGGCGGCGUGGUGUCGCGCUUCGUGCGCGACCUCUUGCAAGACAAUGCCAACCUGCAGGUGGGCAUCGCCGAGCUGCGCGAGAUGCUCCUCCACUCCAACGACGAGAUCCAGACGUUGCGGGAGCAGCUGAUGUACCACCAGCCCGUCCAGGGCCAUGGAUCUGCCUCGCCCGCGACGCUGCAAGCCGAGCUGGAGAAAAAGGAGCCUCCAACGCCACCGCGGGUCUCCCAAGAACUGCAUAUCCACCACCACUAUCACGUCACACACAAGCCGGAGAGCCGGAGGCCGAGGAAACGGAGGCAGGGCCUCAAUCCGGGCAUCUUCACGCCGCCCCCAAUCUCCGCCCCAGGAUCGCCCGUUGCGUCCGCCCGCUGGCAGCGCAGUGUGCUGGCUGGGCCUCUAUCACCAACGCCACUGAACGACGCUGCGGUACAGCCAACCACUCAUUGGCCGCUGCAGCCUGAAACGCAGGCAGAGUUUUCGCCAUCAUCGGCGCCGAGCUCUCCGCGUUCCACGAACCGGGAUUCCGUGUUUGACAGGAUGCCCGGCCUGUCCUCACCCGCCUCCCCGACGACGAGCGUGGACCCAGCGUCGCCUCGCUGGAAGACGGCGCACGGGAAGAGGAUCUCGGAGUUCUCGCUCAGAACAAUCUCGGAGACAGCCAUGUUCUCUCCGAACACGUCGCGCGGCACGCCUGGACGAUCCCCCCGGCCAUACCCCUUGGCCAGCUCCAUCGUGAAUGAUCACUCCACCCGCGGCAUUACCUCGCCCUACACAACGGAUGAUGUACCAAGCAUCACCUCCCCGCACCUUGGAGACUAUCCUGACCCCAACAGCCCCAAGGCCGAGCCCUGGACUGGGGAAGCGUUGUCCCCGACAUCGUCCGAGUUCCACUCGGGCACAGAACAGCGACCGAGCGGUCUCCGGCGCGUCGUCUCGCACGAGUCCAUCAUAUCGCUUUCCAACGGACUCGAUAUCCACACCCUCAAAGCGCGGCCCAGUCAGCUGGCCCUCCGACCGCUGGGCCUCACAGCGGCAGGCACCAAUCUCAGCGCUGUCACUGCCCGGCCCACCCUGUCGAGCGGCAGCGGGGGAGGGAAACGAGGCAGCGUUAUCCUCAGGGACAGCAUCGCGCAGGCCCUGCCCGUGCCGAAGGCCAGGCAGGCCGGGGCUCGGACCGUGUCGACUCCCGUCCGGGGACGGGAACGCGACAGGGACGGCGGGCGAAGCUCGUCGCGCGCCCCGUCGGCGCUGGGGAAGCUGGUUUCCUGGCGCCCGUGGGGAGCGACCAGCACCAGCAGCACCAAUGAAACGGCCAACCCUGCCCCUUCCCCCGAGACCAGCCCGUCCUCGACCCCCGUCCUAUCCCCGGCUGCGGCGCCUCCUCCCUCUUCUUCUUCUGCUGCUACCGCGAUCCCCACGCUCUCCCUCUCGGGCCGCGCCGUGGACUCCUCCGCUGCCAGCGCAGUUUCAGCUCCCAUCGGCAUGGCCAAGUCGCCGCAGGGGAGCGUCUCGUCGGCUUCCACUGCCACCGCCACCGCCACCGCCGGCGCCCUGGCUGCGUCUCCUGCUGCCGCUUCAACACCCGUGUUCCGCGCCCCGGGCGUCAACCAGCCGGGCGCGGUGCCCGGCUUCCACGAGUACUGGGCCGCGCACCAGCGGCGGGCGCCGCCGAGCAAGGUGUCGGUCGACGACGGGGCGGUCGUGCAGGAGGCGCUGAGGGAGGUGCUUGAGGAGUCGGGGUGAGCUGGCGCACGGCAGGGAGUGGAGGCGGGCAAGGAAGGUUUUUUUGGCAUUUUUCCUGGGCGGCGUUUGGUAGGGUGUGUGUGCAACCGUUUGUUGGUGCACUUCAUUUCGGAAUCAAGAUUUUUGGGUCGGUUUAUUGCAUACUAUCGCACUGGGAGGUUGGACGGGUGCGCCGGAGGCUGGGUAUCUGGUUGCGAGAAUACUGUGAAGGCGUUGAUGGACUUGGCGCGGGUCUUCAUUGCAUACACCUGGUGCAGCUUAGGACGGCCGCGAUGCCUUUGGCUCUCAAGCCGACUUGGCAGUUAGAUAGGAGGAUUUCAUCGGCUAAUCUAAAGCUAAUACCCGUUGCCAGGCACGUUCAAUAAAAUAGGGACGGACGGUGCCUCCGG